AUGGGCGGCAUGAGAUACAGUAUUUACCUACCUAGCAGGUACCUUACCUACCUGGCGAUCAACGAACCACUGAUGCCUGCGUCCAUCUUUGCCGGCCUGCUUGCCCAUGUUUCCAUCUUCGGAGUUUUGACAUAUAUAUACGACUAUGUUGCCCUGCAACAGAAUAGUAGAUUAGCCGUUUUAGCCUCCAUGAACGAAUAUUUUGAAGGAAAAGACCUCAUGUAUGCACCAGCCAUGCUAAGGGCAUGGGGCAAGUAUGGAACCUGCGAGUAUCACGUCUCUCCCGUUCAAGAACUAGAUAGUCUAGUAAGAACUCGAUAG